AUGAGCAGGAUUUGUAUUAUGUGUUUCAAUUCUCAUAUUAUUUUUGUAAUUGUUCUUGCUUUUUUCGUGCGCAUAUCAUCUCAGGUUGGUUCAAAGGUAGAAUUGCUUCCUGGGUUUGAAGGGCCUCUUCCUUUUGAACUGGAAACAGGGUAUGUAGGAUUGGGAGAAACAGAUGAUGAUAUGCAAGUGUUUUACUACUUUAUCAAGUCAGAGAAUGACCCUGCAAAAGACCCUCUUAUGCUUUGGCUUUCUGGAGGUCCUGGUUGCUCUGCAUUUUCGCCUCUUGCCAUUCAAAUAGGUCCACUUGCAUUCAAGAUUGAAGAGUAUAAUGGGAGCUUGCCAAAUUUGAUCUUGAGGCCACAGUCCUGGACGAAGGUAUCUAGCAUUAUUUUCGUAGAUUUGCCCCUAGGAACAGGAUUCUCAUAUGCCAAAAAUGUCAGCGCUCACAGGAGUGACUGGAAGUUAGUUCACCAUACCCAUCAAUUUCUUAGGAAGUGGCUGAUCGACCACCCAGAAUUUAUUUCCAAUGAAUUUUACAUGGGAGGUGAUUCAUAUUCUGGCAUACCUGCCCCUGCCAUUGUUCAAGAAAUUUCAAAGGGAAAUGAAAUAGGUCUCCAACCAAUUAUAAAUCUCCAGUUAUCUUGA